AGUCACAAAUUUUGUUUACGGCCCUGGUUUCGAGGAUCAUUUGCAGUUGUAUUCAGGCAGUAGCAGUCUCAGAAGCCGGAACGUUUCGUGUGCACGUCGUGAGCGAAAAAGUUACGCACAGCACAUAAAGUUGAGAAGAAUCGGCAAACAAAUAGUUAUUUGACAACAGGAAUACUUGUCAUCAAACGAAAAAAGGAAUUGAGCAAGCAAAAGUAUUGACACAGUGUCACGUCUACGCGACUGACUAUUUCAACGACCGACUUUCGUAGGCGACAUCGUAGAAAGACGUAAAACGAGACACUGGAGUGCACCCGACAGGGCGAUCCAUCUGUCUCGAUACACUCACGAAUACCCGUUCAAUUUUUACGCUAGAAGGCGGCCGUCCAGCAGGGCGAUACCAUUUUAUAUGACUUUUCUUCGACGUCAAGAAACAUCCAGGAUAUCAUCCAGAGGGAAAGGAUCGGUGUACAGCAAAGGCGGCGGUAGUAGGACGUUGUCCAAGCGAUUUCUAAACGGCAACAUCAUCACUUACGACCGGUCUAAUCGUUCGUUACGAGCCACCUGUGAGUUAACCACACCAACCUGGUACCCAGGCUUUCUUAGGGGCACAAGCAACGGACAGGCAGCGUGUAUGAUCAUUGAAGACUAUCCCCCUCUGCCCACCAAACCGAGGCAAUAUUUGCAUCAAGAUACUACCCAACGAUUUCUGAAUCAUCUAGUCCUGCCUAAGCACAGGACCUCAAAAUUUUCCAGUAAUAGGCAUCGGAAGCUACAGCCGUUCAGAGAAACGUGACUGGUGUCAACGGAUAGUGCGGCAUACGUAACCGCAGACAACGAAAAUCACCCUGACUCGACACGUAACGAGCUACCAUCGGGUAGCCAUUGCCUGGCAACGUCGCUGCACAGCAAUCAAACUGCCGCUGGGAAACGUGGAAAGUAGAUCCAGAAGGACGAGGACGAAAACGUUACCUACUUGAACGAUAGAAAGAUAGGGGCCAAUAGAAUCCAGAGAGAACGAGAGUGAUCGACCAGAAAAAGCUUGGUAGCUUUCGACAAUUCGACGCUUGCAUCACCAUUUGCCAACAACUUGUUUUCACAACGACGUCUCGUCAGAAAUUGCUGUUGUCGCUUGGAGGGGAUAUUAAUUUAGCAAGGAGCAAGAAGUGGAAAUAUCAAUCACCAUGGGGAGUGUCAACGUAAAUCGUAAUGUCAGCGAUGCGUUUUAUCGGUAUAAAAUGCCACGGAUUCAAGCCAAAGUAGAAGGCAAGGGAAAUGGUAUCAAAACCGUGAUCGUGAAUAUGGUUGAUGUCGCGAAAGCGAUUGGAAGACCUGCCACCUAUCCUACUAAAUACUUUGGUUGCGAGCUCGGAGCACAAACUCAAUUCGAUUUCAAAAAUGAAAGAUUUAUAGUAAAUGGUUCGCACGAUGCUACAAAAUUGCAAGAUCUUUUGGAUGGAUUCAUUCGCAAAUAUGUAUUAUGCCCGGCUUGCGAUAAUCCUGAGACCGAAUUGAUGGUCAGUUCGAAAAAAGGGACUAUUUCACAGGGAUGCAAAGCAUGUGGUUAUCACGGACUACUGGAAAGUAAUCAUAAAUUGAACACUUAUAUUCUAAAGAACCCGCCGAGCUUGAAUCCUGCUGUUCAAGGUAGUUCUUUAACUGAAGGUAAACGUGGGAAACGUUCAAAACGUGCGAAUGGUGAAACAACUACUACUACAACCACUGCUACUGCUAAUGGUGAUCGAUCUGGUUCUCCGGAAAACGAUACCAACACCACCGAUAUCGUGGUCGAGGCUCCUGAAAAAAUGGCGGAUGAGAACGGAGAUGAUGAUAAUUGGGCAGUCGACGUGUCAGAGGAGGCAGUCAGAGCCCGUCUACAAGACUUGACGGACGGGGCAAAAGGAAUGACCAUCAGCGAUGAUCUUGACAAGACUGAAAAAGAGAGGAUGGACAUGUUUUAUAAGUUAGUUAAAUGUCGUCGCGACGCUGGGCAAUUGGAUAAUCAUAAAGAGCUGAUCACAGAGGCCGAACGUCUGGAAAUCAAGACAAAAGCGCCAUUGAUUCUGGCCGAACUACUCUUCGAUCAAAAUAUUGCUGCUCAAGCUAAAAAGUAUCGAGUACUUCUCCUUCGUUUUACCCACGAUGAUAUUAAGGCGCAGAAAUAUUUAAUUAGAGGAAUUGAACAAGUAAUAGCACUGCAUAAAGAUGCUUUGAUGCCGAAAGUACCUGGCAUUUUAAAGCUCUUUUACGAUGCUGAUAUUUUGGAAGAAAAAGCAUUAUUCGAAUGGUCAAACAAAGUGACUAAAAAAUACGUAUCAAAAGAUUUAUCCCAAGAAAUUCACGAUAAAGCUGCACCAUUUUUAACUUGGUUACAAGAAGCAGAAGAAGAGGAUUCUGAACCAGAAGAAGAAGACGAUGAUUUGGAGAUUGAAUACGACGAUAGAGCCAAACAAUCACUAAAACCACAAGAGUCACCCCCUAUGCAGAAGCCUGCUGUAGUCAAUGAAGACUCGGAUGACGAAGAUGAUUUUGAUAUUGAUGCCAUUUAAAAAGAUGCUCAGUAGUCGGACAUAAAAAAAUAGAAGAAGAAGAAUAGAAAAAAAUAUGUCCGAUAAAUGAUGACGAACGAUUAUUUCUCACACGAUACAAAGAGUCGCAAUGCAAUGUAUUAUAAUAUAGCAUUUUGUUAUUUUAGGCCAAGAAGUGAUUAUGAAUGCCAUUAUAUAUAUAUGAGAAAUUUUAACUGUUCCCAAGUUAGCAAUAUUUAUCUGUACCGUAACACUUUUAAUUGUUUUUAAUAAGGCGAUUACGAAUUACCUAUACAUUAUUCCUAAUUAAUUAUUGAGAGAUUUAAAAAAAAAAAAAAACAAGAUGCUUCUAUACAUUGAUAUGCAUCUAUUUUAGAAGAAAUAAAAUAUUGAUAGUUCUCUGCCGUUAUUGGGAAGUUGGCCUGCUAAAAGCGUUCUCUAUUGUAUCUAUUUACUAUUCAAAUAAUAAUUAUUCAAAUAAAUAUGGUUUACCGCAA